ACACAAACCACAAUUAAGCCUAUGAUGGAUUUAACAGCGUGCGAUCCAAACUUCAUGGUGCCUUCUCAGAAGUUAAGUGCAAGAAGCGCACCCGACUUUUUGCAAUUCUUCCACAUUUCGGGAACGGAGUGGAAAUCCCCUCAAGGACGCCUUUAGUUGGCUCCCUCUUUCAUUUUCACCGGCAGAGGAAGUUACUCUGCAAAGAGGGCCGAUCGUCAUCGUCUGGAGAUCGACAUGGCUGCUGAGGGAAGCGGGAGGAACCGGCCGAUGGACUCAAUCCCCGGGGAAUCGAGGCUUUCUGACAGCAUCUCAUGCAUCCUUCGAAUUGGGAAAGCCUUGCUGUGGGGAUUCAUCAAGACUCUCUGGCAGCGAUUUGCAGCUUGUUCUCCCCACCCAGCCUCCUUGGAGCAGUUUGGAAGAGGCAACUUGCCAAGGGAACAAGCAAAUGGGGAAGAUGAAACAGAUGCUGCCCAGGUGUAUUCAUUGCAAGAGCACAUGUUCCGCAUAUUACAGGAACUCAGAAGUAAUGCAGAUAUCACCAGAAUGGCAGAAAGCGUCAUCAGUGAAAAUCCACUCCACGGUCUGGCCAAAAUAUCAGAGGAGAUGUUUGCUACUGGAGUCAACUGGGGACGGAUCGUUGUCUUCUUCUACUUUACAUUCGAAGUUGGCAGACAGUCUGCCUCCAGAUUCUUCAGGGAUGUGAUGGACUGGGCCAUGAACUUUUUAAGGGAUCGGCUGGCUCGCUGGAUCGAACAACAGGGAGGCUGGAAUGCUCUACUAAACUUUUUCCCAUCAUAAGAAUAGAAAUCUGGAGAGAUUGGUAUUUCUCAUUCCUGCUAUGUGGAAGGCUAAGAAAAUUUUUGAUUGCUCUUGGGAAACUUUGGAUGAAUUUCAUCCUGAUCAGAAAUAAUAAUAAAAUGAAACUGUUGCUUGUUUAUUUGUCUUGUGAGUCACUACAAGACAGACUUCAUUUAAAGACAGGAUACUUGAAAAACUCUUAUGUCAGAAAACUUGCUGGAAAUCUCUGUCCUGUAAGUAUAGGCAGUCCUUGACUUACAACGGUUCAUUUAGCGACUGUUCAAAGUACAACAGCACUGUAAGAAGUGAUUUAUGACUGUUUUUCCACACUUACAAACAUUGCAGCAUACCUAUGGUCAUGUGAUCAGAAUUCAGGCGCUUGGCAACUGAUUCAUAUUUAUGAUACUUGCAGGGUAGCAGAAUUAUGUGAACCGUUUUUGUGACCUCCUGGUGUUGAAACAACCCGACGGCUGAAGAUGAUGAAUCAGACUUUUUCCAGAAUCAGUAACAAAGUUUAUUGAAGAAUCAACAGCAUAAAUAAUCCAUAGAAUCAACAGUAAACAAUGUCCAGAAUCAACAGCAUCUUAUUGAACAUUACACAAAGUUUAUAUAGCUUUUCAUACCUAGCUCAGCUUAGCUAACGUAUGUGUUACUUCAUUAUUGGCUAAUGAAUCUCCAAGGCACAAUAAUUGGUUAGUAAUUACAUCAUCAGUUUUCGUAUGAAUAUGCGUAUAUGCGCAUGUGUGAAAAAGAGGUGAAAGAGCAACCAUGUUUCAGGGUUACAAUUUGUUUCAUCCUGUAUCCUUGUAUAUGCUGGGAAAGCUGCUUAAAUGAGGUUUGCCAUCCGAGAUAAGAGCAUUGCCUUCAUUCCAAAAUAUGUACAUGAUGAUGAACAAAAUGUUAACCCUUCAUCCUGACAAGUAAAGUCGAUGGGCAAGCCAUAUUCACUUAACAACCAUGUGACUACCUUAACAAUUGCAGUGAUUCACUUAAGAACUGUGGCAAGAAAGGUCAUAAAUUGGGGCAAAAAUCACUUAACAAAUGUUUCACUUAGCAACAGAAAUUUUGGGCUCAAGUGUGAUUGUAAGUCAAGGACUAUCUGAAUUUCCUUCCUUGUUUUUUAUAUAUAAAUUUUUAUUAGACAAUUUUAAAGAGAACAUAAAGAUAAUGCUAAUGAAUACAGAAUAAAAAGGUAAAGGUAAAGGUUUUUUCUGUCCAAUUGUGUCUGACUCUAGGGGGCAGUGCUUGUCUCUGCUUUUUAGCUGAGGGAACCAGCAUUGUCUGAAGCCAUUUCCAUGAUCAUAUGGCCAGCAGGACUAUGUGCCGAGCACGUGGAACACUAUUACCUUCCACCCAUUUAUUUCCCUGCAUUUUGCAUGCUUUCAAACUCUAGGUGGGCGGGAGCUGGGUAAUAAUGAAAGCUCGCCCCAUCACAUGUGCUGAGUUCCCGAACCUGAGCUGUCAUCUUUCCAGCUGACAAGAUCAGUGUCUUUAGCUGCUGAGCCAUCACGGCCCAUGAAUACAGAAUAAAGAGAACAAAGAAAGCAAAAGUGGAAAACAACAAUACAGAAAGAAAGAAAUGAUAGCAAUUGAAAGAAGAAACUUCUAAUUUCAUAGAGUCCUAUAAUAAUUAGGCUAGAAGGGAUCUUGGAGGUCUUCUACUCCAACUUCCUGCCCAAAGUCUUGAUAUCAUCUUAGACAAAUGGUUGUCCAGUCUUUCGUGAAAACAUCCAGUGAUGGAGUAACCAAACUCCAGGAGGCAAACUAUUGCUUAAUAGUUCUUACUAUCAGAAAAUUCAUCCUUAUUUCCAGGUUGGAUCUCCUUCUGAUGAGCUUCCACCCAUUGCUUCUUAUCCUGCCCGCAGGUGCUUUGGAAAAUAAAUUGAUGCCUUCUUCCCUUUGGCAGCCCUACAUGUGUGGGAAGUCUGCUGUUGACUAUUCACUAAGCAACAAAGAAAAGGUAUAUCCUAUGUA